AUGGAGUCCAACUGCCGCAAACUUGUCUCCGCCUGUGUUCAGCUAGGUAAGAGAAACCACCUCUCGUUUGGUGUUGGGUGGCCGAUGAACUGCAUGAAGGACCCGUUAAGCCUGGAGCGCCUGGGAGCCGGGAAUAAGCUGUGCUCCUCCUCGCCUUCCUCCUCCUCUUCAUCAUCUUGCCACCACCACCACCACCACCACCAGCCCGCGCUGGCCAUGGCGACGGCGCUGGCGCCGGGGCAGGCGCGUUCCUCCCUGGAGUCCGCCAAGCACCGGCUGGAGGUUCACACCAUCUCCGACACCUCCAGCCCCGAGGCUGCAGAGAAAGAUAAGAGCCAGCAGGGCAAGAAUGAGGAUGCGGGGCCCGAGGACCCUUCCAAGAAGAAGAGGCAGAGGCGGCAGCGUACCCACUUCACCAGCCAGCAGCUGCAAGAGCUGGAGGCGACCUUUCAGAGGAAUCGCUACCCUGACAUGUCCACUCGGGAGGAGAUCGCCGUCUGGACCAACCUCACCGAGGCCAGGGUUAGGGUUUGGUUCAAGAACCGCAGAGCCAAAUGGAGAAAGAGAGAAAGGAACCAGCAAGCCGAGCUUUGCAAAAACGGCUUUGGUCCGCAGUUCAACGGCCUGAUGCAGCCCUACGAUGACAUGUACCCCGGCUAUUCGUACAACAACUGGGCAGCCAAGGGCCUGACCUCCGCUUCCCUCUCCACCAAAAGCUUUCCUUUCUUCAACUCCAUGAAUGUCAACCCUCUGUCUUCUCAGAGCAUGUUCUCCCCUCCAAACUCCAUCUCCUCCAUGAGUAUGUCUUCAAGCAUGGUACCCUCAGCAGUCACCGGGGUCCCUGGCUCCAGCCUCAACAGCCUGAAUAACUUGAACAACUUGAGCAAUCCCUCCCUGAAUUCUGCGGUGCCGACGCCAGCCUGUCCUUAUGCUCCUCCAACACCUCCAUAUGUUUAUAGGGACACAUGUAACUCGAGCUUGGCGAGUCUGAGACUGAAGGCCAAGCAGCACUCCAGUUUUGGCUAUGCCAGUGUGCAGAACCCUGCUUCCAACCUGAGCGCUUGCCAGUAUGCGGUGGACAGACCCGUGUGAGACGACCAAGUAGGAGACACUGCAUGGGAAUUCUCUCCCCAUUUCCCGCAGAGACUGAGAGUUACCCUAGGAAGGAAUUGGCACUAGAGAGAAGGAGAAAGACAGAAAAAAUCAGAGGCAGAGAGAGGAGGAAAGA